AUGGCAUUCCUCACAGUCGACCAGACUCGGUCGUGGAUGGUUGCAGCCCACUUGCAGAAGCGAUCGCUUCUGGUGGCUGUCAACGCCCUGGCUGGCAUGUCCAUCUUCUUCUUCGGCUAUGAUCAGGGACUCAUGGGAGGUGUGAACCAGAGCACCGACUAUAUCCGUCGCAUGGGCCUAGGUCAUCUCGCUGAAGAUGGGAGCCCUGUCAUAACCAAAACUCUCCUUCAGGGAGGCAUCAUGGCGAUAUUCUAUCUUGGAACACUCGUCGGUUGUCUCGCUGGUGGUUCCUUUGGUGACCGGUACGGCCGAAUCGGAACCAUCGGCCUUGGUGCAGCUUGGGCCAUCUUCGGCGCUGCUCUUCAAUCGUCCGCCAUGAACCCAUCAUGGAUGCUCGGUUCUCGGUUUGUCAAUGGCAUCGGGACUGGUAUCUUGAACGGCAUCGUCCCAGCCUGGGCCUCGGAACUCUCCGACUACACUAGCAGAGGAACCUUUAUCGCUAUGGAGUUCACACUCAACAUCUUUGGUGUCGUCGUGGCUUAUUGGCUUGCCUACGGUGUGAGCUUCAUCGACAAUGGCGAAUCUGAGAUCCGUUGGCGCUUCCCAAUCGCAUUCCAGAUCCUCCCACUGCUAUGCCUCCUUGCAGGAUGCUGGGCCUUCCCCGAGUCCCCUCGAUGGCUAGUUAAAGCCGGCCGCAACGAGGAGGCACUGUAUAUCCUAGGACGCCUUCGGGGCACGGAGGGUGAAGAUGCCGGCCUUGCCGAGACCGAAUGUAACGAUAUUCGGAGAGCUAUUGAGCUUGAGAGGAGCUCCGAAUCCACUUCCUAUAUCCAUAUGCUCUUCGGUUGGAAGUCUGGAAAACUUCAUACUGGUCGCCGGGUGCAGCUGGUCAUUUGGCUCCAAAUCAUACAGUGCUGGACUGGUAUUGCCGGUGUAACCAUGUACGGACCUACGAUUUUCCACAUUGCUGGCUUUGGCCCCAGCAAGACGCAGUGGGUUGCAGGCCUCAAUAACAUCUUCUACAUGUUCGCCACCUUGAUCUGCGUGUACACCAUUGAUCGCAUCGGGCGCCGAUGGACUCUCUACUGGGGCUCAGUUGGACAAGGAAUCGCCAUGUUCCUCGUCGGUGGGCUAUCCCGUGGCGGCCUCAACGCGAGGGCAGACGGCAAUAUCGACACUGCGAACCAAUGGGGCGCUGCCGCUGCGUCCAUGGUCUAUCUGUAUACCUUCAUCUUUGGCGCUACCUGGCUUACGGUUCCUUGGCUCUACCCAGCCGAGAUCUUCCCUAUCCAUAUCAGAGCAAAGGGGAACUCGUGGGGUGUUGUUGGAUGGAGUAUUGGAAACGGGACGCUUACUCUCUUGCUCCCGUACAUUGUGAGCGCCAUCAACGAAAAGAUGAUGUACAUCUUUGCUGUUGUCAAUGUCCUCAGUAUCCCCAUCGUCUAUGCCCUUUAUCCCGAGUCCAACCAGCGCACACUGGAAGAGAUGGAUCUCCUGUUUGCAGCUCCAACUCCUUGGGCAUGGGACGCCGAGAAGAUCUUUGCGAGGCUCAAGGAGGAAAGAGAUGCAGCUGGUGAAGGGGUCAAAGACAAGAACAGCGAAACCCCUGCCGAGUUUGUGGAGAGUGUGUGA